UGUACUUGUCGCCCCUGUGUCGUAUUUCCGGAGACCGGAAGGAAGAGAGACUGUCGCCAUAGUAACUGGCCUUGAACGUCAUCAUUGUGCUGCAGCACCGUCGGAAGUUCGGAGGAAGUUUGCGAGGAGGCUUCCACGUGACCUAGAAAACGAAAAUUCUUUGGGGUCCUGUGGACCGAGUUUGAGAACCACUGCUCUGAUGCAUCCUAGAAAAUGAUAGACCAAAUCCGACUAGUUGCUAUGGUGGCACGUUUGGUUAAACAUCCAAGGGUUAAUUUGGUAGUCGUUAUGAAAUCUAUUGCCUUUGGGAUACAAUAGCCAAUUGGAAUAGGUGCCUUCAGCACUCCAGAAAUAUGAGUGGCCAGUCUUCCUCUUCCUCACCUGCACGCCCCAAAUGCAGAGUACUUUCUGCCCUCAAGAAGGUCUUUGGAUUUGACACAUUCCGAUCAGAUUUACAGGAGAAUGCAACGCGCACUGUAGUUAAAGGUGACAGAGAUGUGUUUGUGUGCAUGCCAACUGGAGCCGGCAAAUCCCUCUGUUUUCAGCUUCCAGCUGUCCUUGCAGUGGGAAUCACCAUUGUUAUCUCACCCUUGAUAGCUCUGAUUCAGGAUCAAGUAGAUCACCUUGUAGCUCUCAAGAUUAAAGCCUGCUCUCUGAACUCCAAGUUGCCAGUUGCUGAACAAAAGAAAAUCCGGCAGGACCUGGAGAGUGAGAACCCGAAGAUCAAGCUUCUGUACAUAACCCCUGAAAUGGCUGCUGCCUCAUCCUUCCAGCCCAUCCUGAAUAUGCUGCUUUCCCGUGGUCUCCUAUCUUACCUCAUCAUAGAUGAAGCCCACUGUGUGUCCGAGUGGGGGCAUGAUUUCCGUCCUGAUUACCAGCGCUUGGGUGUACUUCGAUCUCGCUUGGCUCAAAUACCUUGUAUUGCCCUCACUGCCACUGCCACCAAACAAGUGCAGGAUGAUAUCAUAGCUUCAUUGAAACUACAGCAGCCUAUUGCAAUGUUCAAAACACCCUGUUUCCGCGUUAACCUGUUCUACGACAUACAGUUAAAAGAGUUACUGCAGGAUCCUUAUAAGAAUCUGAAGGACUUCUGCCUGAAGGCCUUAGGAGAGAAGAAACCCUCCGGGGGGUUCUCAGGCUGUGGAAUCGUUUACUGCCGAACCAGAGAUGCUUGUGAAGAGGUAGCAAUUCAGUUGUCUCAGCGAGGUGUCCCUUCCAAAGCUUAUCACGCUGGUUUAAGAGCACCGGACCGAGUGUCCAUUCAAAAUGAUUGGAUGGUGGAGUCUGUCCCGGUAAUUGUGGCUACCAUCAGCUUUGGAAUGGGGGUGGAUAAAGCCAAUGUAAGGUUUGUAGCUCACUGGAACAUCGCCAAGUCGAUGGCUGGGUAUUAUCAGGAGUCAGGGAGAGCAGGCCGCGAUGGCAAGCAGUCCUUUUGUCGUUUAUACUAUUCCAGGACUGAUCGAAACCAAGUCAGCUUUCUGAUAAAGAAAGAUAUCACAAAAGCACAGGCAAAGAGAGGAGACACCAAAGCAUCAGACAGAGCUGCUAUGGCUGGAUUUGAGGCAAUGGUGAACUUCUGUGAGGAGAUGGGGUGCCGCCAUGCUGCUAUUGCAUCGUAUUUUGGUGAUGAGAAGCCGCUGUGUAACAUGUGCUGUGACUGCUGUAAGAAUCCACGGGCAGUGAAACAGCAGAUUGAACACUUGCAAGGUUUGCUUUUAAAUGGAAGAAGUAGGACCUCCAUCCAGCAGCCCGGGGCUCCAUCUGGUCCAUUUGGAUAUGAGCCAGGUCUUUAUGAAGGGGGCAAAAAAGGCUAUGGCUUCGCCAAAUAUGAUAGUGAUUCUGAUGGAGACCAGGAGGACUCAUCUGACAAUCAUAAGCGACAGUGGAACAGUUUCUAUCAGAAGCAGAUGAAUAUAAGGAAGAGCAAAGAGCUGGAAGAAUUUGUUCCUCCAAGUGAGGACUGUCCACUUAAGGAUGGAGCUAAUGGCAAAAUCCCCAAACUUACUGUCAAGGCUCGGGAGCACUGCCUGAAGAUGUUGGAGGAAGCGCUGAGUAAAAAUGUACAGGGGACUGAUGUACUGCACAGGACGGAUGUUACUGCAUCUGCUGUGGACUUAGAAUAUGAGGUUUUCCGCAGCAGCAAGAUGUCAAACCUCUACAAAGCAGGAGUGCUGAAAAAGGUGGCUGAAAUCAAUAAGGCUUCCAAGGAUGGUGAGCUUCAUGCUGUAUUUGGGUUCGCUGACUGUACACAGAAGACAGAGACAAAGGCGGAUACAAAUGAAGAUGAAUUUAUUCCUGCUUCUCGGUUGAAUACGUUUAAAAGUAAGAGAGUGGGGGCACCAUCUCUCUUUCAAUCUGCAUCAAAUUUGCUGCAAUCCCUUCAGUUGGAAACUGGGCCGCCACAGACCAAUCCAGAGUCCACCCAGCAACUUGAGCCUGGCAGUGCCAGUCCACUUCCUAAGAAGACUGAAAGCCCCAGCAAAAAAGAAAACAGCCCAAACAAAAAGCGGCCUAGUAAAAAGAAGCAAGAGCUUGCCUCCACUGCAGCUAAAGACUCUCAGGACAUUUCCAAGUUUUUCUUAUCACAGGGUUAUUCCAAAUCCUUAUCUAAUGUCCCUUGUAUAGUGAAGGAUGACAGUCCUACUGUUUAUGAAUGCCCAUCUAUCGGUAAUACCUCUCCAAACCAAGAUGCCUUCUGUUUAGACCUAAUGAACGGGCAUCAGGGUAAUAUUGGAGAGCCAGUUGGAAGUGUGCCAGGUCCAAGCACGUCAGAAAGCUUGAUUGUCCAACCAUUAGAGAAAAUCAAUCUCCUAUGGGACCGCUUACCUGAACCAUCAUUGGAAUCAAAAAAUCUCACUGGCAAUGUGUGUGUAAACAGCUUAAAGACUACAGGUGUCCGAGAUAUGCAACUAUCAGAAACAAGUCUUAGAGAUACCCGGAAUAUAAACCAAAAGCUGCCUAAUGAGUCUUUCUGUAUGGAAACCUCACAGAAGACUCAAGAAGUAAACUCAGAUGCAGACCAAAAGAACAGUAGUUCCAGCCUGUCAAGAUCUCCCGAACCCAAGACAAAGACUUCAGAUGACCAGGAUACUGGAGAACCAUCUACAAAGAGGAUGAGGAGAGAAGAAAACUCAUCCUCCAUCCUAUAUCACAAUGAAAAAGGCGGCGGCCAUGGAAAAAAGAAAGUGACCUUUGACCCAAACCUCAGCCAAGAAGACAAGGAAGGAACAGCGAAAAUUUUGCAGCCUCCUCCUGGGAAUAAAGUGUUAAACCUGAAAGAGACAGCUGACAUAGUGGUGAAGUACUUGACCCCUUUCUUCCGUGAUGGAAAGUUUGCAUCCAAGGACCUCUUUAAAGGAUUUGCACGACACCUGUCUCACCACCUUGCCGGGGAUAACAAAACACCAAUGCGCAAACACGUAAAAGAAGAAGCUCAGAAACUGAUCAAGACAUUUUUUAAGAACCGGACAUGUUGUGACAGUGAAACAGACUGGCAGGAGAUGCUGCGUACGAUCACCUAAUGCCACUAUAGAUGGCAGCAAAGAGCCUCCUGAUAUGGAACGUGCUAACUAUGCAUUGGAGCUCGGAGACACACAUGCUACCUCACACCAAGUGUGCUGUGGGGAGGCUUACUGACUAUCACUGGAAGGGUGCACCUUCUAAACACUGAAAUGUUCUACGUGGAAUCUUUUCCUAUCAAACUGGUUUUUAUCGAGUCUACUGAGCUUUCUGUAAACAUGUUGUCAGUAUACAACGUGACUAUGUCAUUAUUAACAGACCUCUAAUAAAGUAACCCGUUGAGUGCUGAAUAGACCGGAAAGGGACCACAACAUUUCUGUUUAGUGUCUCUCUGAUAUAAUCCAGUAAUGAAAUGAGUAAUGAUGUAUACUGUUAUCAUGUUUAGUUCUAUAAUCUAUCCUAAAAUCUCUGCAACAUUUCCUCAGCUAAGGUGCUUUAAAUAGAGGGGAACCAAAGUUACAAGCGUUAAGUUUGUAUAUGCUGAUUGGAUUCCCUUUUACAUGCUGCUAGUUGUGAUUAGGCAAAUAUCUAUGUAUGAUAUUGCAACAAUAGUGCCAUCUGGUGGAUGGUGAUGGCAUAUUGUCGUUGUCAGUUUUCCUCUGUGUCUUGGCUACUGCGAUUUUCUUUUGCUUACUGGAUUAACCUAGAGUAUGUUAACCUGUGUAAACCCACGUACUUUUAUCCCACUACGGUUCUUCUCCCUCCUACCAACAGAGGAAGAUUUAUUAUGGAGUUAUCUCAUUUCUUCAGGUAUUGUAUACAUAUUGUUUUGGACAGGGAAAAUAUCUUAUGCUCAAAGGGAUAAAACUAUAGUUUAUAAUUUAAUAAUAAAGCAAAACUGGUAUGUGAAUUAUUUCUUGACUUAACUGGUGUUAUUAUGAUGUCCAAUAUACUUUUGCACAUUUACACCCUUCCUAUGUAUUUUGUUCACCUUGAGAAGUAUUUUGUGGCUAUUGAGGGACUGAUUAUUGUCCUUGUAGAAUGGAUUAAAGAGAAUUUCUCAACAGGUAUAA